AUGUCUAACACACAAGUCAACAUGGAAGAUGAGCCCGAUUGUGGCUCAGAUGCUGAUGUGAUGUUCGAUGAUGGACUUUACAUUCCUGGAAUUUCAGCAACAGAACCUGCUGGCACAACAACUGUUGAAAUAGAUGUUACCAAGAGGAAAAGAAGGAGUGUUGUUUGGGAGGAGUUUGAAAUUCUUGAGGGGAAGGGUUUUAGUGAUGGGAAGGAACGAGCGAAAUGCAAUAGGUGUAGGCAAAUCUAUAAGGCUGAUAGUACUACUAAUGGAACUGAAACCCUUAGGAGACAUAUUUUACAUUGCCCAAAACGGGAAAACAAAGGACCAACCCAAAUGACUCUGGGUGUUAAUGAUGGGAAAUUAAUGUUAAGAGAUAAAAAGGUUGACCAAGUCUGGGUGCGUGAUAAGGUCACGAGGCUUAUUGUGAGACAUGAGUUACCUUUAAUCUUUGUUGAGUAUGAGGAGUUUAGGGAAUUAAUCACAUACAUUUUUCCUGACUACACCCAUAUUACCCGCAACACACAAAUGGCGGAGAUUUUGAAGUUUUACAAUUUGGAGUCCAGUAGAAUCCAUAAUCUACUCAAAUCAUUUAAUGGGAAGAUUUCUUUGACAAGUGAUCUAUGGACAUCCAUCACCAAUGAUGGAUACUUAUCUUUGACUGGCCAUUAUAUUGAUAAGGAUUGGGUGUUGCAUAAGAAAUUAUUGAAGUUUUGCAUCAUGCCACCUCCACAUACUGGCAUCAAUAUUUGUGAAAUGGUUUCAAAGAUCUUGUCUGAGUGGGGUAUUGAUCGAAAAUUGUUUUCAAUUACUUUGGAUGGUGCUACUUCUAAUUUUAGCUUUGUUGAGUUGUUGAAGAGAAAUCUGAAUUUGAAGAAUGCUCUUUUAUGUAAAGGAGAAUUCUUUCAUAAUAGGUGUUGUGCUCAUAUUCUCAAUCUCAUUGUACAAGAUGGACUAAAGCACAUAGACGAGUCUGUGGCAUUGAUUCGAUCUAGUAUAGCCUAUGUGAAAGGAUCACAAGCAAGGAAAAUGAAAUUCUUGAAUAUUUGUAAGCAAUUGUCAUUACCAAGUAGUAAGGGGUUGCAUGGAGAUGUCACCACAAGGUGGAACUCAACUUAUAUCAUGCUUAAUUCUGCUUUAUUUUAUCGGAAAGCAUUUGAGAACCUUGGACUAGUGGAGGACAAUUAUAAAACUUGUCCAGAUUCUGAUCAAUGGUUAAAGAUUGAAAAAUUGAUGGGUUUUUUGCAUCCCUUCUAUGAAAUCACUGUUUUGCUUUCAGGUUCUAAGUAUCCUAUAUCAAAUUUGUAUUUUGAAAAUGUUUGGGAGAUUCACAAAAGUUUGUUAGAAGAGGUAUCACAUGGGCUUAGUUUUAUGAGGCCAAUGACAAUUGAAAUGAAAAAGAAAUUUGACAAAUAUUGGAGGAACUAUAGUCCAAUUUUGGCCAUUGCCUUGGUGUUCGAUCCUCGUUACAAACUUAGUUUUGUGAAUUGGGCAUUUGCUAAGCUUGCUCCUUUGGACCCAACUGGAAUUGAUAUGGGAAACAAUGUGAAAUCUGCUUUGUAUCAGCUUUUUAAUGAAUACAAGAGUAUGAAUGCAAGUGAUUAUGAGAUUCCAUCUGAAUUUAUGCAAUCAGUGAUUGCUGAGGCAGAUAAUGGAACUAAAUCUCAGCUAGAUGUGUAUCUAGAUGAACCCAAGAUUCCAUUCAGUGAUCAUGAUGAUGAGUAUGAUGUGUUGGCUUUUUGGAAGGCGAAUGGGUCAAGGUAUCCAGAUGUGGCUCGGAUGGCUCGUGAUGUCUUAGCUAUACCAGUUUCAACGGUUGCAUCUGAGUCAGCUUUUAGCGCUGGGGGUCGUGUUAUUGACAAAUAUCGGAGCAAACUACUACCUUCCAACGCUGAAGCACUGAUAUGUCUUCGAGACUGGAUGUUUGAUAUACAUUUCAGAUCUGAACCUGUUGAUGAUCCCGUUGAUGUGGACAACGCGCUAGGAAAUGUGCUUGGACGGUUGCAGAUUGAAAGGGAGACAGGAGACUGCUCUUACCCGUGUGCUAAAAGGGAAACCAAGCCAAAUGGUCUUUUCUUUGGAAUUUCUAAAUUACUGAGAUCCUUCAUUAAUGAUUGUUCUCUUGAUAGCUUUCUCAAUUAUUGUACUCUACUGAAAGCCAAAAGCUGA